AUGGCCGAAAACAACCCCCAGCCCGUUGCGUCCAUCUCGCGUACGACCCGUCCCAUGAGCGAGGCUCUGCUCAACGAAAAGUGGGACCGCUGCCUCUCCUCAAUGCUCAUCCGCUCGGGUCUCGGAGUCUCCUUCGGCGUCGUCUUCUCGGUCCUCCUCUUCAAGCGACGCGCAUGGCCCGCCUUUGUCGGUCUCGGUUUCGGUGCUGGAAGGGCAUGGGAAGAGUGCGACAACUCAUUCAAGCGAGCAGCAGCACCCUCGAAAGACGGCCUCCGCGUUAUCCGACCAUAA